CUGUCCAUGAUAUACAGAAGUUUUGUUUAUGUGGUAGUAUAUAUCACAACAAGAAUACAUUUACAGAUUUAAUUCCACAGACUACCCAUUUGCGUGGUAUUCUGAAAACCGAAUUUAAUAAUAUCCGAAAAUGACCACAACCAACUGGACCCGAUUAGUCAGCCCCAUAAAGCGCAGGCUAAUUCAUUGGCGGGUGUAUUUGUUCUUCCUUAUACCUCUGCUGCUGUCUCCGAUACCAAUAUGCCUUGGCACAAAGAGCGCGAAAGCCGGAUACAUUUUACUGAUCUCCUCGUCGUUCCUUGUUUUGGAAAUUAUUCCGAUGCCUGCUACUGUGUUACUGUCUUUGUUUCUGAUAUCAGUCACCGGCCUGCAGUCUACAAUGCAAUCUGCGCUUACAUUUGGAUCGGAUACGAUGUUCAUGUUCACCGCUGUGCUGAUUCUGGCUAUUUCUAUUGAAACAAAACUGCAUAACAGAUUGGCGCUGUUAACCCUCAGAGCUAUUGGAGUUAGUGAAUCUAGACUGAUUCUGGGCUUUCUUUUAAUUUGUGGGAUCCUGUCCAUGUGGAUGUCCAAUACCGCAUGCACUCUUAUGAUUUUACCAAUUGCAAUGGCCGUAUCCGAGACGCUCUCGGACAGUGAUGAUUCUGAUGAAGAGGCAUCCAAUAUAGAAAAAGCCGACCAGUCACUGAAGAUAUCGGCUGAGGAAAUUGUUGAACUAACGCAUAAAUCAAUCGAAGGUGAAGCAACGGUGUUCGUUGAGGUUAACCAGAACACUUCGGAAGCUGUAGCAGACGAAAAAAGAAAGACAAGCACAGCGUCAAAGAAGAAGUCCCGGAUGCCGGCCACCCCGUUGUGUAAAGCGUUGCAGCUGGCUAUAGCUUAUGCUGCUAACAUCGGCGGAAUGGCCACCCUGAUCGGUGCUUAUCCCAACAUGGUGUUCAAAAUGACGCUAGAAAAGUUAUACGGAAUGGAUACGGGGUUAAACUUCCUUUCGUACUUCGUUGUCUGUGGUCCGAUGUCCAUCUGCUCAUUGCUGUUGACCUGGAUCAUCUUCUCAACGAUGUACAUUCCUAACUGGUUAUGCUUUUGGAGAAGAAAACAUAACCCGCCACCGGAUUACUCACGGCGCAUAAAAGCACUGAACAAGAAGAUUGCUGAACUGGGAAAAAUAACGCAGGCGGAAAUUACGGUUCUGAUUUUAUUUUCGACUGUGAUCAUUUUGUGGCUAACGCGGGAUCCAAAAAUUUUUGCUGGAUGGAAUGUGAUUUUACCUCCCAAAAUAGCCACCGACUCUCUUCCGGCACUCUUGGCUGCUGUACUUCUUUUUGUUUUGCCACAGAAUUAUUGCCAUUUAUGGAAUGGGGAAUAUGCACCAAUUUUGAGGUGGAAGCAGGUGGUGCUAAAGUUUCCUUGGGAGUUGAUGUUAUUUGUUGGCGGUAUCACGACAAUAACCUCAGUAGCCGACUCGUCCGGUCUUAUUACUGCCCUGGGAAAUGCCGUUCCCGAUUUAACCGGCAUUCCACCAAUUGUAACGCUUGCCAUCAUCUGUAUCGCUGUUUCGGGACUGACUGAAUGCAUGAGUAACUCGGUGAUCACAUCGAUACUGCUACCAGUGUUAGCCAAUGUGUCGGAAGACAUGAAAAUCAAUCCGAUCUACUUUAUGCUAGCGGUGGCCAUGGCCAGCCAGUUCGCUUUCAUGCUACCGAUCUCAGCGUUUCCCACACUGAUCGUUUACAAUUACGGCAACGUGACAGUGGGAGAAAUGGCCAAAUCAGGGAUCGGUCCAAAGAUAGCAUGUCUGGUCUUCCUUAUCUUUAGCCUGGAAGUGACGGGAGGACAAGUGUUUGACAUCAAAAACUUUCCCAUAUGGGCCAAGGACAGAUUUGACGCCAGAACAUUGCAAGGCGCUGUAACAGCGUUCUCCAAUGCGACAAAUGUUACUGCCAGUUGAACGUUCCCUUUGAUUAUGUGUCAUAGCAGCGUAGAGCUUCAUGAAGGUCCAAAAACUUGCAGUUCAAAAAUCCAGCAAUCAGUGCUUCCGGUGGUGUAAACAUGCUUUCGGCAUAGCGAUCAUUCUCCCGUCUCCUAACCGCCAAGGCACAUAGUGUUUUUUCACGAUUAUUGAAGCUACUUGUACUGUGUCCCCGAAUGGGAGAUUCACCAUUUGCAAUGGACGAUACUUUCUCAAAGCGUCCAAUUGGUCGUUCUUUUUCACAAUGGUCGUUUCUUUAGCGACAUCGUGCACACUGUACGCUCGGUGCCGAUUGGGCAGUACUCGCUCAUUGCACUCCAUCGGAUCAUUGCAGAAGGCAGCAUAAAAAUUCAGAUAGAAGGCACGCAGUAUUCUUAAAUGUUCGUAGCUUAGCGGAGUAGCCAAUUUAAAAAUUUGUUCACGCGAAAUUUCUCCCACUUGGAAAUGCAGCACCAGAUGGGUGACCUUACGCGCCCAAGGAUGGCAUGCCCAGGUAAUCUGGGACGUAAAUUUGCGCCGCCUUUCGGUAUCUUCGGCAUCCUCG